GGCCCGCCCCAACCGACACAGAAGGGGCGGGUCUGCGCUCCGCAGCUGCGCACGGGCGGGGCUCGUCCCUCCCCGCUGAGUGGCACCGUGGCCAAUGGGCAGGUCGCGUGCUGCGCCUCCGGCCAAUGGCGCCGCGCUUCAGUACCGAGUUCCGUUGCCACGGGUAGCGGUGAGAACGGGGUUGGGCGCGGUGGCAGGGGCCCCAUAGUAACGGCGGGGCUCGGAAUGGAGAGCGCAAGGGGCCGCGGUGGCCGCGCCGGCGGCAGCAUCUUUGAGGAUGAAACCAUGAAACUACGACAGCUGAAACUAGAGAAUCAGAGAGCUCUUUUAGAGAAAAAGCAGAGGAAGAAGCGUCUUGAUCCUUUGAUGGUGCAGCCAAAUCCUGAGGCAAAGCUGCAUAGGUCAAAGCCCAAAGGGUACGAGCAGCAGACUCCUUUAGUAAAAACUCCUACCCCUUUCCACAGUGAUGUUAUUUUACACGGUAUUGAUGGACCAGCUGCUUUCCUGAAAUCAGAAGUGCAAGAUCUGGGGACCAAGCUCCAAACUCUCUCUGCUGGAUCUUCCAAAACAGAAGACAAUGCAGAUCAGGAAAAUGAUGGAGAGGCUCUAACAGACACAGCAGGCAAGCCAGAUCUGCAAGAAAUCUUAAAGAAACGAGGAAUUUCAGGCAGUUUAAAUUUUGAUGAGGAGGAUGGAGAAGAGGAAGAAGCUAGUAAGAGACCAGCUUCUGAUUCAUCAUAUCCUGAAACUGAGAGGCCUAGCUCGGCAACCAGUGUGAAAUCUUUCACAGAAACAGGUGCUUCCUGUAGUCCAUCCCCUCCAACAGAUGCCCAGCUGGGAGAAGUAGAGAACUUGGAGGAAUUUGCAUUACACCCUGCACCCCGUGGUAUUACAGUCAAGUGUCGAAUCACUAGAGAUAAGAAGGGAAUGGACCGGGGCCUCUUCCCUACUUACUACAUGCAUCUGGAAAGGGAUGACAACAGAAAGACAUUCCUUCUUGCAGGGCGAAAACGAAAAAAGAGCAAAGCAUCCAAUUACCUCAUAUCAGUUGACCCAACUGAUUUAUCCCGAGAAGGGGAAAGCUUCAUUGGAAAACUCAGAUCAAACCUCAUGGGAACAAAAUUUACAGUCUAUGACCGUGGAGUUAGCCCCCUCAAGGCACGAGGUCUAGUGGAAAAGGCUCAUACAAGACAGGAGCUUGCAGCUAUUUGUUAUGAAACCAAUGUGUUAGGAUUCAAGGGUCCCAGAAAAAUGUCUGUGAUCAUUCCAGGAAUGAAUAUGAAUCAUAAGCGAAUUCCAAUACGUCCACGAAAUGAACAUGAGAGUCUGCUGUCAAAAUGGCAAAACAAAAACUUGGAGAACCUCAUUGAGUUGCACAACAAAGCUCCAGUCUGGAAUGAUGAUACUCAAUCCUAUGUUUUGAACUUCCAUGGCAGAGUCACUCAGGCCUCGGUGAAGAACUUCCAGAUUGUGCAUGACAAUGACCGUAAGAGUCUGGUAGAGUCUGACUACAUUGUGAUGCAGUUUGGUCGUGUAGCAGAAGAUGUGUUCACUCUGGACUAUAAUUAUCCUCUCUGUGCUCUUCAGGCCUUUGCUAUUGGACUGUCCAGUUUCGAUAGUAAAUUGGCGUGUGAAUGAGAGA